CUUUUCUAAUCUUUCUUUCCUACAUCCUUUUUCUUUUCCUUUCGCUGCUGUCCUUCAUAUGUCCUCAAUGGCAUCUUUUCUCAACAACGGAAUGGACACGAAUCCUUAUGCUCGUAUUGCCGCAGCUACCGGCGGUGCUGCAGUAAUAACAUUAGGACUGCUCGCGCUUAAAUACAAUGACCGAGCUCUCUUUCACGAAGCUAGAGAUGAUAUGCCGAGGGUCAAGGGGGAUCCUAUUGUUGGAGGACUUUUCCGCCAGCUUGCCAACAAAGAUAGGACUUACGACCAACAAUGUCAACACUUUGAGCGACUGGAUACUUUGACUUUUGCCGCAUCGACCAUUGGCAUGGCGCCCGCUGUCUUGACUAUUAACCCAGUUAAUGUUGAAUACUUUUUGAAAACAAACUUUGAGAACUACAUCAAGGGUGAACAUAUGCUGAAAUCGCUCGGGCACUUUCUUGGCAAAGGAAUCUUUAUUGCUAAUGGAGAACGCUGGCGUUACCAAAGAAAAACGGCUAGCCAUAUUUUUAAUAUCGUGAAUUUCCGGAACCACUUCACCGGCGUGUUUGUCAAAGAAUUGAACGUAUUGUCAAGUCAUAUCCUUGACAAGAAAGUCCAUAGUGGUAAACCCGUCGAUUUUCAAGAUGUCAUGUUCAAAUUUACGGUGGACUCGUUUGUGCUUUUGGCUUUUGGCGCUGAAAUUAAUGCGUUAAAGAGUCGCGGCAAGGUCCCCUUUGCAGCAUCUUUUGACGAGUGUCAGCAUGAUUGUCUGGAUCGUUUUAUCAAUCCUUUCAUGCCUAUCGUAGAGGCACUCAAGCCAAUUAUUCGUCCGGGCACAAUGACCAUCAAACAGCACCUCAAAGUGAUAGACGACUUUGCGUACGGCAUCAUCAACGAGAGACGCAAGCAGCUUGCUGAAGGUGGCGAAUUCAAGGAUCUUUUAUCCCGAUUCAUGAACACGCGCAACGAGCACGGAGAGCUUUUGAGUGAUGACGAGCUUCGCGAUACCUCCUUAAACUUCAUUCUUGCUGGAAGAGACACCACAGCUCAAGCACUUUCGUGGACAUUUUACAACCUAAUGCUGCAUCCUCGAGUCGAAACCAAGCUAUUUGAGGAAAUCAAGGCACAUAUUCGCGACGAACAUGAAAAUGAUUCGCCUGCCCUCUACGAAGUCAUAAAAGACAAGAUGACUUACGCACACGCUGUUUUCUAUGAAGUGCUUCGACUCUAUCCACCAGUACCGUCCAAUAUAAAGGUCGCCCUGGGUGACGACGUCUGGCCCGAUGGAACUCGUAUCCGAAAGGGUGAUAGCGUGGCAUGGUCAACCUACGCACAAGGCCGCUCCACAAAGGUAUGGGGUCCAGAUGCUCGAGUUUUUAGACCUGAGCGCUGGAUUACUCCGGAAGGCGAACUUCGUCGAGAGUCACAAGGACAGUGGCCAAUCUUCCACGCUGGCCCACGUAUCUGCCUUGGUCAAGCGCUCGCUACCUUGGAAUCUUUGGUGGCCAUGAUUAUGCUUUUGAGAAGAUAUAAAUUUACCUUGGCGCCAAAUCAAGAGAUCCACUAUAAAGUGUCACUAACGAUGCCCAUGAAGAACGGAAUGAAGGUUUUCGUCGAAAAACGCGAACUGACUCACUAAUUUAAAAAACCUCUCGAAAACUAAAACCAGUAUCAUAUGCAAAACUUGUAAUAGUUAAAUGUAGUAAGAAAAAGAAGACUGUAUGUAUAAAUGUAGUUUUAUUAUUGUAAACGUAAUAAUAUAUAUAAUGUGCGAGACUUUGUUGCCAAACUGCAAGUGGCUAGGACAACAAAAAUCAAAGCAAUCUCAAAUUUGUAAAAUCAGUAAAACUUGUUUUCUU